AUGACUGACGACUGUGAUGACAAUGCUCAGUGUGACAACACUAUAGGUUCAUUCAACUGCACGUGUAAUUCAGGAUUCGAAGGCGAUGGAACCAGCUGCACGGAUAUUGAUGAAUGCACCGUAAUGUCUGAUAACUGUGAUCCAAAUGCCACAUGUACGAACACACCAGCCGGGUCUUUUACUUGCACGUGUAAUUCUGGAUUCGAAGGAGAUGGCACCAGCUGCACGGAUAUUGAUGAAUGCACCGUAAUGUCUGAUAACUGUGAUCCAAAUGCCACAUGUACGAACACACCAGCCGGGUCUUUUACUUGCACGUGUAAUUCUGGAUUCGAAGGAGAUGGCACCAGUUGCACGGAUAUUGAUGAAUGCACCGUAAUGUCUGAUAACUGUGAUCCAAAUGCCACAUGUACGAACUCACCAGCCGGGUCUUUUACUUGCACGUGUAAUUCUGGAUUUGAAGGAGAUGGCACCAACUGCACGGUGUUAAGAGCUUUUGAAUACCUUGCACAAUGGAAUAUUAAUUAUGGGAUCAUUUAUUUGCAAUGUAAGCCAAUACCGAUGGAUGUCAUUUCAGAUAUUGAUGAAUGCACCGUAAUGUCUGAUAACUGUGAUCCAAAUGCCACAUGUACGAACACACCAGCCGGGUCUUUUACUUGCACGUGUAAUUCUGGAUUUGAAGGAGAUGGCACCAGCUGCACGGAUAUUGAUGAAUGCACCUUAAUGUCUGAUAACUGUGAUCCAAAUGCCACAUGUACGAACACACCAGCCGGGUCUUUUACUUGCACGUGUAAUUCUGGAUUUGAAGGAGAUGGCACCAGCUGCACGGAUAUUGAUGAAUGCACCGUAAUGUCUGAUAACUGUGAUCCAAAUGCCACAUGUACAAACUCACCAGCCGGGUCUUUUACUUGCACGUGUAAUUCUGGAUUUGAAGGAGAUGGCACCAGCUGCACGGAUAUUGAUGAAUGCACCGUAAUGUCUGAUAACUGUGAUCCAAAUGCCACAUGUACGAACACACCAGCCGGGUCUUUUACUUGCACGUGUAAUUCUGGAUUUGAAGGAGAUGGCACCAGCUGCACGGAUAUUGAUGAAUGCACCUUAAUGUCUGAUAACUGUGAUCCAAAUGCCACAUGUACGAACACACCAGCCGGGUCUUUUACUUGCACGUGUAAUUCUGGAUUUGAAGGAGAUGGCACCAGCUGCACGGAUAUUGAUGAAUGCACCGUAAUGUCUGAUAACUGUGAUCCAAAUGCCACAUGUACGAACACACCAGCCGGGUCUUUUACUUGCACGUGUAAUUCUGGAUUUGAAGGAGAUGGCACCAGCUGCACGGAUAUUGAUGAAUGCACCGUAAUGUCUGAUAACUGUGAUCCAAAUGCCACAUGUACGAACACACCAGCCGGGUCUUUUACUUGCACGUGUAAUUCUGGAUUUGAAGGAGAUGGCACCAGCUGCACGGAUAUUGAUGAAUGCACCGUAAUGUCUGAUAACUGUGAUCCAAAUGCCACAUGUACGAACACACCAGCCGGGUCUUUUACUUGCACGUGUAAUUCUGGAUUCGAAGGAGAUGGCACCAGCUGCACGGAUAUUGAUGAAUGCACCGUAAUGUCUGAUAACUGUGAUCCAAAUGCCACAUGUACGAACUCACCAGCCGGGUCUUUUACUUGCACGUGUAAUUCUGGAUUUGAAGGAGAUGGCACCAGCUGCACGGAUAUUGAUGAAUGCACCGCAAUGUCUGAUAACUGUGAUCCAAAUGCCACAUGUACGAACACACCAGCCGGGUCUUUUACUUGCUCGUGUAAUUCUGGAUUUGAAGGAGAUGGCACCAGCUGCACGGAUAUUGAUGAAUGCACCGUAAUGUCUGAUAACUGUGAUCCAAAUGCCACAUGUACGAACUCACCAGCCGGGUCUUUUACUUGCACGUGUAAUUCUGGAUUUGAAGGAGAUGGCACCAGCUGCACGGAUAUUGAUGAAUGCACCGUAAUGUCUGAUAACUGUGAUCCAAAUGCCACAUGUACGAACUCACCAGCCGGGUCUUUUACUUGCACGUGUAAUUCUGGAUUUGAAGGAGAUGGCACCAGCUGCACGGAUAUUGAUGAAUGCACCGUAAUGUCUGAUAACUGUGAUCCAAAUGCCACAUGUACGAACACACCAGCCGGGUCUUUUACUUGCUCGUGUAAUUCUGGAUUCGAAGGAGAUGGCACCAGCUGCACGGAUAUUGAUGAAUGCACCGUAAUGUCUGAUAACUGUGAUCCAAAUGCCACAUGUACGAACACACCAGCCGGGUCUUUUACUUGCACGUGUAAUUCUGGAUUUGAAGGAGAUGGCACCAGCUGCACGGAUAUUGAUGAAUGCACCGUAAUGUCUGAUAACUGUGAUCCAAAUGCCACAUGUACGAACACACCAGCCGGGUCUUUUACUUGCACGUGUAAUUCUGGAUUCGAAGGAGAUGGCACCAGCUGCACGGAUAUUGAUGAAUGCACCGUAAUGUCUGAUAACUGUGAUCCAAGUGCCACAUGUACGAACACACCAGCCGGGUCUUUUACUUGCACAUGUAAUUCUGGAUUUGAAGGAGAUGGCACCAGCUGCACGGAUAUUGAUGAAUGCACCGUAAUGUCUGAUAACUGUGAUCCAAAUGCCACAUGUACGAACACACCAGCCGGGUCUUUUACUUGCACGUGUAAUUCUGGAUUCGAAGGAGAUGGCACCAGCUGCACGGAUAUUGAUGAAUGCACCGUAAUGUCUGAUAACUGUGAUCCAAAUGCCACAUGUACGAACACACCAGCCGGGUCUUUUACUUGCACGUGUAAUUCUGGAUUCGAAGGAGAUGGCACCAGCUGCACGGAUAUUGAUGAAUGCACCGUAAUGUCUGAUAACUGUGAUCCAAAUGCCACAUGUACGAACACACCAGCCGGGUCUUUUACUUGCACGUGUAAUUCUGGAUUUGAAGGAGAUGGCACCAGCUGCACGGAUAUUGAUGAAUGCACCGUAAUGUCUGAUAACUGUGAUCCAAGUGCCACAUGUACGAACACACCAGCCGGGUCUUUUACUUGCACAUGUAAUUCUGGAUUUGAAGGAGAUGGCACCAGCUGCACGGAUAUUGAUGAAUGCACCGUAAUGUCUGAUAACUGUGAUCCAAAUGCCACAUGUACGAACACACCAGCCGGGUCUUUUACUUGCACGUGUAAUUCUGGAUUCGAAGGAGAUGGCACCAGCUGCACGGAUAUUGAUGAAUGCACCGUAAUGUCUGAUAACUGUGAUCCAAAUGCCACAUGUACGAACACACCAGCCGGGUCUUUUACUUGCACGUGUAAUUCUGGAUUCGAAGGAGAUGGCACCAGCUGCACGGAUAUUGAUGAAUGCACCGUAAUGUCUGAUAACUGUGAUCCAAAUGCCACAUGUACGAACACACCAGCCGGGUCUUUUACUUGCACGUGUAAUUCUGGAUUCGAAGGAGAUGGCACCAGCUGCACGGAUAUUGAUGAAUGCACCGUAAUGUCUGAUAACUGUGAUCCAAAUGCCACAUGUACGAACACACCAGCCGGGUCUUUUACUUGCACGUGUAAUUCUGGAUUCGAAGGAGAUGGCACCAGCUGCACGGAUAUUGAUGAAUGCACCGUAAUGUCUGAUAACUGUGAUCCAAAUGCCACAUGUACGAACACACCAGCCGGGUCUUUUACUUGCACGUGUAAUUCUGGAUUCGAAGGAGAUGGCACCAGCUGCACGGUAAAGUGUCAGUAAACGUAGAGCCUGGACAGCACACUUUGCAACUUUUCUCAUUACUGUCAUAUUCCUUAUCCUUAUCCUGGCACGAAAUAAAACCGCUAAUUCGUUCAAAU